AUGGCCUCCCGAUUCGCAGCCGGCCUGUUCGGCCGCAGCCUCACCACCACCACCGCCCGCGUUCAGACCGGCGCCGUGCGCAGACUCGCAACCGCCGCCGGCGAGAACGAGUUCCUCGCCGAGAGGAUGCACCACAAGGAGCACGCUGGCAAGUCCGCCGACCUCUGGCGCAAGGUCUCGCUCUACGUGUGCAUUCCUGGUUCGAUCGUUCUGGCCGUGUACAUCUACGGCAUCGAGAAGCACCACUACGACCACAUGGUGCACGAGUUCCACGACAACGACGAGCAGCCCCCCGAGCGCACCUUCUACGAGUACAACAACAUCCGCAAGAAGGCCUUCCCCUGGGGAGACGGCAGCAAGAGCUUCUUCCACAACAAGAUGAUCAACUACUCGGUCGACCCCUAA